CAGUUGAUAUGUCGUAGGCAAUGGCAGCUAAUACAUGUUGCAGUUGUUCGUCCGCCGAUGACUUACACAGAAACCAGUUUUGGACAAAUCUCGCUCAGCUUCGAGCCGAUGAGAGCUUUUGCGACGUAAACAUAAGUAUCAAUGGGUUCAAUUUCAGUGCACAUAAAGUUGUGCUCUCUGCUGCUACUGAGUAUUUCAAUGCGAUGUUUCUUAGUGGCCUAGCUGAGCAAAAUUCAAAAGAAAUAGUUCUUCAAGGAUUCGACCCUGAGACAUUUUUAGUUCUUCUCGAUUUUAUGUAUACGGGAGAGUUGAAACUGACGGAAUCUAAUGCUGCUAAUGUGCUUGUUGCAUGUGACAUGCUCAACUUGAACUAUGCAGUUAAGAGAUGCCUUAAAUAUUUGUCGCGGAAUAUUAAUUGUAGCAAUUGCAUAACGUUGUGGAGUCUAGCCGAGAAAUUUAAUUUCAAUAAUUUGUUCUUCGAACUUGAAAAGUUUAUCAAUUUCAAUUUAAUCGAGGUCUCUCUAAAUGAAAAUUUAUACGAAAUAGGAUAUCCCUUCCUAAUGAGUUUACUAUGCAGUGAAGACAUUCAAAUUGACGGCGAGCAUCAGCUUCUGGCAAUUGUCAUAAAGUGGGUCUCCAGAAACCAUCAAAGUCGGAUUCAAUAUCUACCCGAUUUAAUCGCCAAUGUAAGACUUCCCAUGAUAUCCGAGUUUGUAUUGUCCGAUGAACUAUCAAAAAUAAACGACGAUGAGUUUAAAGCGGUCUUAACUUCGGUCGUAGAGACUAAUCGAGAUUACUCAAAAUCAGACUUUAAAGGAUUGACAGCUGAUAGUUCGUCAGAUUUAUGCAAGAAUUUUCUUAAAUUGUGCGACUAUGACCAUUGGCAUCAUCGACAACACGUUCCACGAAAGAGUUCUAGAAAGCGAAUUCUUGUCAUUGGUGGUUUUUCUGCAUCUCGAAGACCAGAUGACUUUCUAGGCAGCCUUGGCUCUGAUGAUGAUGAAAGUUUCGGUUGUGUUGAAAUGUACGAUACGUACGGCGGAGAUUGGGAGGUAAUGGCGCCUCUCAAUCAGCCCAGAAGUAAUCAUUGCGCUGUUAGAUGCCGUAACCUUGUGUAUGUCUUAGGAGGUGAAAGCGAAUUGUUAAUUUCUGACUCAAUCGAAGUGUAUAACCCAGUAGAAAACAAGUGGCAAUUUUUGAUGCAAUCCAUGACAACACCUCGCACAUCUUUUGGCGCAGCUGUGAUCGAUGACACAAUUUUCGCUAUUGGAGGCUGGGUUGGCACUGAAUUGGGAACCUCAAUCGAAUGUUUUGAAACCCGAACUCCGGGUGCGCAGUGGAGACUGAUUGACGAGCUGCCAUCGAAAAGAUAUGCAUUUGGAGCAGUUGCUCAUGAAGGUAUGAUCUAUGUGGUGGGAGGAGUGGACGAGCAUAGUAUGGAUCUGGCGACCGUAGAGGCCUAUCAUCCGGCUUCCAAGUCCUGGAUCACCUUGCCAGACAUGAUUGAGAAGAGAAACCAAGUAGCUGUGUUGGUCUGUGGUAACUAUUUGUACGCAAUAGGUGGUAGCAACGAACAUGCUGGUGCCUUGUCUUCAAUCGAGAAGUUCUGCUUAGAAAAGAACGAGUGGAACCCGUGCACUCCUAUGAAGUUCACCCGAGCAGCGCCUGCCUCAGCUGUGUGGGAUGGGAAAAUAUUCGUGUUUGGUGGCAAACUCACUUCGGCACACUCCACCAACAAUAUCACGUGUGACUCGGCCGAAGUAUAUUAUCCCGAGACGGACGAGUGGUGCAUGAUAGACCGAGUGCCGACCAGUCGGGGCGAAGCGGCCGCUGUAGUCGUAUGAGUACCAAAGACGAAUGAAACAAAUUGAAUAAUCAAUGAAAUAUAACAAACUGUAGUUAGUGGAAAUAUGAAAUGGAUUUAGGUUACAAUUUAAUGGAUUAAUGCUCUCUAAGUAAGGGUGAUAUACUCUAGCAACAACCUCAGAAACGUCUGCACAAAUCUUCUGCCAUAUGAACUUAUUUAAAAUGCUUCGGGAUUUAUAAACACGAUGUUUAGUUAUCAAGUGUCAAUGAACAAAGUGAAAACAAGUGUCAAUGAACAAGUUGUUUUAUGGGCGUCAAACUUGUUAACUCGCAAACCUAAUUUAUCGCGUUUGAAAUGGUUUUUUAAAAGUGUCGUUAAAGUUUAUUUGCUAAAAGGGAGGCGAAUUAUGCUUUCCAAAAGCAAAAGUGCAAAUUGUACCCAAAAGUCCAUCUAUUGAUUCAGUUUGCUCAAAUUGGAACAACUUGAAGUUAAACAGGGUGGCGGUGGUUAAAAACUAUGGUGUUUUAAAACAGUUGUUUAAAAAUUCAAUGUUUUAUUGAUGUUUUGUAUCAACUUGCUCUCCUUCAGCGUUUCAAUACACCUCGUUUUGCCUAUUGCAGAUUCCCAUUAAAUUGUAUUUGCUUUGAAUUGCGAGUUCAGCUGGCGUAGAACGGGUGUUUUCGUCAACUGGAUUUGUGCACACCAUCUCCGAAAAUGACUGGGACAUGAAAACAGGUCAAAGCUUGCCUUCUGUUUGAGAGCAUUGAAUGACUCAAAAUUUUUUGAAACCUUCGAUGUGCUACAUGUUUUUCAAACAGUUUUAAACGUUAAAGCGUUUUUACAUUAGCCAGCUAUAGACAGCGUAGCGUAAUAAAAACGAUUUUUUUCGAGUUUUUUCGCAAAAAUUGGUGCCACUUUUGUUGGUACUUUUACUGCUUUUUGAUAGCAUGUGCUUUGACAUUCGAUUAGUGCUAAGUUAACACGGUUGAUGCAUUUUUAAUUCAUCGAUAUACCUGAAAAAAGCUAUUCGUUUCAAACACUCGAACAAUAAAAACUCGCGAUAUUGAAAUUUUCUAACUCAAUAUCUCGCAAUUUUUUGAAAUGCAUCUUUUUACACAAGCAUAGCUUGUGUUAUAGUAUGAACUAUCUUUUUUGUUCAACCUAGGUCGCAAAUAUUGAGACGCAAAUAUUGUUGCGAUAAAAUGUGUUCAUUUUGGAAGUGUUCCCUUUGAUCAAUACCAGCUAUUAAGCUUAGCCAAUGCUAAAGAUAUUAACAACAACUAUUAUUGUUCCGACUUUCGUUGAACGCUUUUUAACGCGUAAGCGGAGAUUUAAUCCGUCUUGGAAUUGUUCCAAAUUGGUUGAAGGAAGCCUAUUUGCCAUAAUUGAUUUGUUAAUAUGAGGAAAUUUUACCACUUUGAAGUUUAUAUGGCGUGUGGGAGAUGAUUUUCACAAAAAUCUCAAUUUUUUUAAAAAAGAAUUCAAUAUCUUUUAAUUAACAUUUAUUUUUUUCAUUUAUUACUGCGGAUGUUUUUAAUGAACUUUUUUCGUAUACUAGCCAAAGUGCGUCGGCUCUAUAAAUUGAGGCAUGUGCAAUUGAUAAAUUUCUUUCUUUUUCAAAUUGACUGGUACUGCUAAUGCGGCGUAAUUGGCUUGCGUCACUUAAGAAAUUUGUAGACUCAAAGUUUUACUCAUUCGGUUUUCUCCAGUAGCGUUAUCGGUCAUAUUUUUGCUUGUGUAUGCGAAGUGCAACGGAUACGCCUGGAGGUAACGAAUACGCUUGGAAUGGCGAAAAUCCCGGGUUCGAAUCUGACCAGGACCAGUUUGUUUUUUAACGGGCUUAUGUUUUGUCGGCUCAGUUGCCACAUACUAGAUUAUUUUGCAGUUUUUGUUGUAGUUGUUUUUUAUGUUUUUAUUUACUCCUGCAAUUUGUAUUUCUUCUAGCAUUGACUUCGUAUAUUUUCUCUUUUUUUCUCACGUAGAAAACUUUUUUGCCUAAAUGAUUUCAUUUCGGCUUAAAUUUCAUCGGCUUACUAACAUAUUUUUGGAUUUUUCUAGGAAACCAUAAUUUGUAUGCUUUCCUCCGGAUCGAACAAAACGUUAAAUAUCUCAGAAUAGAUUUCAUACUUCAAAGUUUUUCAUGACAACAGUUUUUUUUUUGCUCAAUAAUUGUAUACGAAUUUUCAUUAAACACCGUCGAUUGUGUUUCUCGAAUUGUUUUCCGCUAAUAGAACAUCAUCCCAGACAACAUUUUGAGUUUUUAGUUGUAUUUUUUGAAAUUUUUCCGUUUUUUUGACGUAGUGGCUCUGCUUUCCUUUCCUGUCUGCUAGGUUGCAAUGCUUUGUUGGUGGUAUCACAAGUGAUGCGAAGCUCCGCUUCGCCUCUGUGUACAUAAUGUGGCUUUAUUCUUCCUAAUUUAUCACAUGCAAUUUAUUAGUGUGGAUGCCUUUAGUUUUUUAUAUUGCAAAUUAUUACAUGCAAAAAUAUGUCCUCGCAUUUGGUGCCACGUUUGCCUUAGCUGCUUUAUUAGUGACUAGUGUUUGCCGAUGGCCAAGCGUUCGUGGCCAAGAGGAAAUGGCGUAAGAUUCCAAAUCUCGAGGUCGCAGGUUUGAAUCCGAUACGUUGCAAAGCUUUUCUAAUCCGAAGCGUAUUUCUAUUACUUAUUUCAUUUUACAAAGCUACUUUUUUGUCGUGCUCAUGCUUAAGUUUGCGAAGCGCAUCUUCGCUUCUGUGUUAAUAGAUUUUUUAAUCACUUUAAAACAUUUUCGUGGCCACCUCGGCAGCAAAGUGUUAGGCCUUAGAGAUCCGGGAAAACAAUGCUUUUUAAAAUGGUUUUCUUGUUCAUUGACACUUCUCCAACUCUCUGUUGGCUAUGUUUAUCACAUCGGAUCGGCAUUAAUUGUAUGUGGUUCUAAAACUUGAUUUGCUUUUGCAAAAGUUGUCUCCUCUAUAGGCUUCCCCUCUCAGAGCCCAGGUGGUUUAUAGUUUGACAAGAAAUGUUCUGGUAAAUGUAUUGUUAGCAUAGUGCUUGCUUCGGGGGAGUUGAGCAAUAGAUACUAAAUUCAAAACUUCACUUGUAUUCUAAUAGUUUACAAAUUUUAGAUUUAGUUUUGAAAAAAAAACUUUUUAAAGUUAAGGUCUUUUAAAAAUGUUGAGGUACUUUUUAAAAUGAUCGAAGCUGCUGUAGUAAAUAAGUUUAAUGUCUCGAUGUGUCAAAAAUAAUCAAUGCACAGAUUUUCAAAUU